CAUUUACUUUUUGUUUCACAUCAAGUGUUUAAUUAAUCAAAAAUGGAUUAAUUUCUUGUUUUCUUCUUUUAACAAGUUCAAUUUCUGUUUCACUCUUAAUUGUGACGAUUAAAGAGAAAAUGAUUAACUUGUGAUCACGUUGAUUCUUUACUUUAAUUGCCGAAAAAAAAAAUGGCGAGAGAGGGAUGUGUCUCUCCAGCGACUAGAGACUAUGAGAUUGUUCGUAUGAAAGCUUCUCAGUUUAAUCCAUAACCGCGACAUUCUUACAUCUGAUUCUCUUUUUUAUUUUCUUAACAAAUUCUAUUCUCUUUUUUUUUCUUCUUCUAUAUUUUCGUGUUUUCUAUUCUAAUUUAUAAUCGACUUUGAUUUAAUUCUUCUAAUCAAUUGAAAUUCUCCAUCAUUACACCAUGAAUAUCCAUACAUUUACCUGUUCUAUUAUCAUUUUGUUCUUGUGUUUUAUUCAUCAAUCAAGUGGUCAAGAUUGUACAAAUCAGGAAAACGGAAUUGAUGGAACCGUCAAACAAGUACUUCUAAUGAAUCAUGAUAUCCCACUUCCUGUAAAUUCAAGUGUCAUGAACGAUUGGUGCAGUCCAUUUAAAACCUUAAGUCGUCGAGUAUCAAAAUUCAGUAAAUGUAUGCCUCCGUUUUUGGCCCAAGUCGUCGUUGUCCUAGGAAGUGGAAUCAAAAAGCCCGUUAAAUAUAUUUGCAAAGCAAAUAAAGCAAAGGCCAUUGAAAAUUAUGCUUGUAUGACAACUAAAUACCUCGAACGAUUUAAUCGUCGUGAAUCUUUUUUCCUUGAUUCACUUCAAAUUAUCUCGAAAAAUGUCACCGAUGAUCAAAUAUUACCUCAUUUCUGUUGUGCUGUCAACACUUUGCUCCAUGAUAUUUACGCACUUGAAAGACCUCGUUGUAAAGACAGUUCAAUAAACACCAAUAAUUUCAUUGGAGAUAUGGUCAGUCUGGCCGUGUCCGAUGUCCUCGAUUUGAUGUGUGGCUCUUUCCGAAGUCAUAAAGCUUGUCAAGAAAAAGCCCCUCAGGCACUUAAGUUUUGGCAGACAAAGGAGUUGAUACCGUUGAUCUAAGGAAAUACUCAUUUGUAUCAAGUAUACUCAAAGUGGUCGGACGAUUAUCAUAAUCUAAUUUACCAUCUCAUCAGAUUGAUUAUCAAUUUACUUUCAUCACGUUCACCACCGUUAAUUUGUUUCUUCAUCUAUUAAUCAUUAUCAUUAUCAUCUCAUCUCAUCUCAUCUUAUCAUCAUCAUCAUCAUCAAUAUUUAAAUUAGCAAUCAAUUAACUCCUUGAGAUACUUGAUUGUUAACCAUUUUUUUAUAUGCCUUUCUUGUUAUAAUUAAUAUAACAAUUAAUUAUAAAUCUAUUACCCUUUGCACUUAUGUACAAUGUGAUUAUCUUUAAUCACACAAUUUAAAUCCAUCUCGAUU